UAUCCAUAGUUCCAGCGGCUCGUGUCUCCGGCCAGAAAGCUGCUGCUGCCCGGGACGGAGCGAGUUAAAGCCGCGCAGAGCAGCUCCAACAUGCCGUUUGUCUCCGAGCGCACAGCUGCAGCCAGAUGUUCGAGGCGGAGAGGAAAAGUUCCGGAGCCCCGCAGGACGCAGAACCAGUGAUCCCUCAGCUUCGUGAUUAUGUGUCACGCUGGUUGUGGAUGAAACCACAGCAGUUUUUUUCCAAGUCGCCCUGAGGACGUGCGUGAAGCCCAUCCCACUCCUGCCGAGGAUCCGUGCUGCAGCUCGGCUCUGCUCUGCUGGAUCUACCGGCUCCUUCCUGCCUCCACCAGGAGCUCCAGGUCCGCGGAUGCCUCCUUUAGCAGACACAAAGAGGCGCUUUUAGCAUUUUUAAGGUGACCGCCUUCCUCCAGCCUGCAGGCGGGACUCACUGCUCGAUCCUCGGCUUCCUCCCUCUCAUGGACAAUUGAUAAGUUUCCGAUCAGAUUGAUGAUUGGCGGCUGCGUCAGCGGCACCGGAUCGGCCGCGGUCUCUGUGUGGAUUGUCGGACGCCUCAUGUAGUGAUCUUUGGGCAGCAUUCCUGGAGCCUUCCUGGAGCCCCGGCAGCUGUCUGCCCGCCGCCUGCAUGCAGAGCCUUUGCAGGGUCAAGAUGCAGUUUCGGACUGUGCUGGACGUGAAAGUCGUGGACGUGGAGAAGAGGCGCAACCCGUCGAAACACUACGUGUAUCUCAUCAAUGUCACCUACUCUGACAACACCUCCCACAUCAUCUACAGAAGAUACAGCAAAUUCUUUGACCUACAGAUGCAGAUACUCGACAAGUUCCCGAUUGAGGGAGGGCAGAAAGACCCGAAGAAGAGGAUCAUCCCGUUUCUCCCAGGCAAAAUCCUGUUCCGGAGGAGUCAUGUGCGAGACGUGGCCAUGAAGCGGCUGCGUUUCAUCGAUGACUACUGCAGGGCCCUGGUGAGACUCCCUCCUCAGAUCUCUCAGAGCGAGGAGGUUCUGCGCUUCUUCGAGACGAAAACGGAGGACAUUAACCCUCCAGUGGAGGACUAUGGAUCCAAGCGCAAGUCGGUGUGGAUGUACGGCUUUACAGACAGCCCGAGGAAAGAGGCCUCAGGGAUCGACAGUUCGGAGCCCAUGGUGCUGGAGCAGUAUGUGGCCGUGGCCAACUACGAGAGGCAGGAGAACUCGGAGAUCAGCCUCAAGGCCGGCGAGACUGUGGACGUGAUCGAGAAGAGCGAGAGUGGUUGGUGGUUUGUCAGUACAGCAGAGGAGCAGGGUUGGGUUCCAGCCACAUACCUGGACUCCCAGAAUGGAACCAGAGACGAUCUGGAUCUGGGCACUUCCAGGACUGGAGAAGUCACUAAGAGACGCAAGGCCCAUCUGAAGAGGCUGGACCGCCGCUGGACCCUCGGUGGUAUCGUGAACCGGCAGCAGAGCAGAGAGGAGAAAUACGUGACGAUACAGCCGUACACCAGCCAGGGCAAAGAUGAGGUGAGCUUUGAGAAAGGGGUCACCGUGGAGGUCAUCCAGAAGAACCUGGAGGGCUGGUGGUACAUCAGAUACUUGGGAAAAGAGGGCUGGGCCCCGGCCUCCUACUUGAAGAAAAUUAAAGAGGAUUUCUCCCCCCGUAAAAAGACCCUGACGGGCCCCGUGGAGAUCAUUGGCAACAUCAUGGAGAUCAGCAACCUGCUGCAGAAGAAGUCGGUCAGUGAGAAGGACAUCCAGACGGACAGUGAGGGCAGCACCACCCCAGAGCGCCACAUCUCCAAGAGUGAGAUCAGCCUGCCGAUGCCCUACAACUCCGAGAUCAACGCUGAGACGGGCAGAAGGCUGAGUGCCGGCCGCGACACCAACAGUCCGUGUCUGGGAAUAGCAGCGAGCGCCGCCCGCAAUGAAAGUAUAUCGAGAGGAGAGCCGGGGUCUCCAGCUGUGGCAAGAGUGGCUCCACACAGAGUGGAAAUCGGGUCUCCAAAUCUGAGGCAAAAACCUCCCCCGAGAAGAGAUACCAACUUGGGUUUCCAGUUACCCAAACCACCAGAGCCCCCUGCUGUGGAAGCAGAGUAUUACACCAUAGCAGAUUUCCAGUCCUCGAUCUCCGAUGGCAUCAGUUUCCGUGGAGGACAAAAGGCUGAUGUGAUAGAGAAGAACCCCGGGGGCUGGUGGUAUGUGCAGAUCGGAGAAAUGGAAGGCUGGGCUCCCUGCUCCUACAUUGACAAACGCAAGAAGCCCAACCUGAGCCGUCGGACCAGCACUCUGACCCGCCCCAAAGUCCCACCCCCAGCUCCACCCGUCAAAAAGCAAGACUCAGAGGAGACUCCCCCUCCUGCUAACUCUGCUUCCAAAGCCACAGAGCCACCGAGCAGGCCGGUGUACGAGGAACCAGAAUAUGAUGUUCCUGCAAUCGGAUGCGAAGGAGAGUCUGAUGCUGAUCCUCUGAAGGAUGACCGUUCCCUGGAUGUGAAGGUCAGUAGUGUGGUCAGCGACAAGUACCGGAAUUCGCCUCCCUCCUGCAAAGCCUCACCACCUGUCUGCAAGGCCUCCCCGGUGUUCACUCAUCGAAGAACCUCUUUCAGGUCCGCUGAGGAGGUCACUAAAGAGGAAUGUAUCUACGAGAACGACGGCUUCAGGCCAAGCAGUGGCAUUGAAGGAACCUUAGCUAAAGGUUCCAGCGAGCCCAACUCCCCAAGGAGCUACCACUCCUCCACAGUCCCACGAAAACCAUCCGGAUCUUCCCCUUUAGCUGGUAGACCCAUGAAAACCAUGACACCAGAGAUGCAUCGGCGAAGCCAGACCCUGGGCCGACACAUGGAUAUCAGCCUCCGGUCCCAGGACAACAGCUCCCACUCUUCAUUAGAUGAACUGAGCAGAGGCCCGAAGAAAGGCCCGAACUUCAACCGAGAUGUGGAGCAGAGAAUAGGCCAGAGCCCCUCGACCCGGCCCAAGCCUUCUGUCAGGCCUAAACCCCUUCUGACCAAAUCCGAGCCACAGAGCCCAGAGAGGAUGGACAUCACCUCUCUAAGACGGCAGCUGAGGCCUGCGAGUCAGUUCCGACAUGGCCUCAAACCUUCCCGCGGGGACGACUCGGAAACUGCCUCUGUCAUUUCUUCAGAGGACUCGAUGUGUUCUCGUAGUACCUCAGAUCUCUCUUCUGUUUACUCCAAAGGCAGCCGUGGUGACUCAGAUGUAGAAGGCCCUAAUAUGUACCGCUCCCUGGACGUCUAUAAGAAGGUCCAGGACUCUGAGAUCAGUUUUCCAGCCGGGGUGGAGGUGGAGGUUCUGGAGAAGCAGGAGAGCGGUUGGUGGUACAUCCGCUGGGGCUCAGAGGAGGGCUGGGCUCCCUCAUACUACCUGGAACCUGUCCGACAAGUAGGCGACGUUGGUGCGCUGGAUUCAGAUGGACACGGGAGUGGUGGGAGUAAGUCCAACAGCCUCGAGAAAAAUGAGCAGCAUGUGUUGGCCCUUAAUAACAUCAACAUUCAGAGUCUGACCCAGCAUCAAAGCCUAAGAAGGAACAGUCCACCCAUUCCUUCCAAGCCUCCAGGUGGCUUCAAACCAUCUGGGAUGGUUAACGGAGGUGUAAGGAUGAGGAACGGGGUACGCCAGGUGGCGGUGAGGCCUCAGUCUGUAUUUGUGACCACAACUCAGCCAGCGAAGGAUACCCACUACAUGACGGGGUCCUUAAGGAGAAAUGACUCCCUUGGCAGGAGUGACCACUAUGGCUCUGGUUCUGCCACUCUCGGUGUCCGCCGAAAUGCCUCUUUCAGUACUGUGCGUCCACAUGUGGUGGUUGAAAGUCAGACCAGGCCUGCUGAGCGCUCCAGCCUCAGCUCUUCAGGCAGCGCCUUCAGCACAAGCAAUGUCCAGGACGCACUGACUCGAGUUAACCAGCGCAACGGCAUCCCCGUGUCCACAGUCCGACCCAAACCCAUCGAGAAGAGCCAGCUGAUCCACAACAACCUCGGCAGGGACGUGUACGUGUCUAUUGCCGACUAUCGUGGUGACGAAGAGACGAUGGGUUUCUCUGAGGGCACCUGUCUGGAGGUUCUGGAGAGGAACCCCAAUGGAUGGUGGUACUGCCAGGUGCAGGACAGCCUGCUUCCCCGCAAGGGCUGGGUCCCCUCCAACUACCUAGAGAGGAAAAAAUAAACCCCACAUCCUUCCCCCUUUCCUCAUCCCUCUGAUGUCUCCAAAGACCUGGUUGGCAUCACUCCUUAAGAAUGUUACCCGCAAUCUCCCGUAAGCAAUAUGUCCAUGGAAAUGUACAUUUAUGAGUGUAAAAAGAAAUGUUUUAACCUGAUGAGGAAGGACACUUUUAGUGCUGGUUUACUAAAAUUUAUACAAAAAAAGGAAGAUUUUAAAUAUUUUGCCUGGGAAUGAUCAGCAGAUAUGUGGAGGACUGAUGAGGACCAUGUCUUUGAGAUAUAAAACAGUGUCAAUGGGAGCGAUAACCUCUUAAAGAGGUCGUACAGAAGCCGAGCAGGGUAAUGGCUAUGCUUAUUCCUGCCAUCACUGACUAUGAUGGCCGAUAAGUGCUUUUGUAUUUGAUCACCUGAAUGGAGGUCCUAAUGGUGGAUGGCAAACAUGAAACCAACCAAAUCUUAUAAGAGUGCCAUAGUCCUACGAACACCACCAGGAGUAUUUCUAAUGAAGAGCUCCACCUUAGAGCACAAAGUGCAAAAUCUAGAAUGCUCUAAUUGAUCCGAACCACAGAUAUAACAAACAAAAACAGAUUUAAAGGAACUCGAGUCACCAGAGGCUUUAUUCGUUUUAAGCCACAAGUCAUCUAAGACGGUAUUUAAAUCUUGUUAUCACGCCUUUAUUUAGUUUGUUCAUGUUGCAGCGUCUUGUGUUGAUGCCAGUUUCCUUAGAGAAUUAUUUCUGCUUUCUUGUGACAUCUGUUUUCCAACAACAGCCUGGAUUUGGAAAAGUCAAAGCUCCUACCUGAAGUGAACAUAUAUAGAGUUAGUACUCUGA